CCCCGAGCCUCCCGGGGGCGCCGCGCCUGCCCCCCGCGGCCCGCAGACAGCUCCGCAGGAACCGGCGGGCGCGCCGCGCACCCCACCGCCGCCGCGCGCGCGCCUCCUGGACCCUGCUGGCCUCACCUGCAGUCUGUACUCAGUUCAAGGGCUCCAAAGGUCACGGGCACGAUGCUUCGGGUCCUGGUGGGGGCUGUCCUCCCCGCCAUGCUGCUGGCUGCUCCACCGCCCAUCAACAAGCUGGCACUGUUCCCGGACAAGAGCGCCUGGUGCGAGGCCAAGAACAUCACCCAGAUCGUGGGCCACAGCGGCUGUGAGGCCAAGUCCAUCCAGAACAGGGCGUGCCUGGGACAGUGCUUCAGCUACAGCGUUCCCAAUACCUUCCCGCAGUCUACAGAGUCCCUGGUGCACUGCGACUCCUGCAUGCCGGCCCAGUCCCUGUGGGAGAUCGUGACCUUGGAGUGCCCUGGCCAUGAGGAGGUGCCCAGGGUGGACAAGCUGGUGGAAAAGAUCCUGCACUGCAGCUGCCAGGCAUGCGGCAAGGAGCCCAGUCACGAGGGGCUGAGCGUCUACGUGCAGGGCGAGGACGCGCAGGGCUCCCAGCCCGGCCUCCACGCCCACCCACACCCUGGCGGGCAGACCCCCGAGCCCGAGGAUCCCCCUGGGGCCCCCCACGCAGAGGAAGAGGGGGCUGAGGACUGAGGCCCCCGACUCUUCCUCCCCUCUCGUUCCCUGUGGAAUGUGGGGUCUCACCCUCCUGGGGAAGAGUUGGGGGAGAGGCUGAAGCCCCCCUUUGGCACUGGUUGGACUUGGAUUCAGACUUGGACUUGGAACGCUUCCCGGUUGCCACGGAGAUCUGAAGGGGGUGGGACUGGCGCCAAGCUGCACAAUUUAAUAUAUUCACGAGUUGGGGGGAAGAAGCAGAGGUCUUCAGGGUUCUUUUUCGGAGGGGGGUUCUCUUCUUUUCUGCCUCCUAGAUGUGUGCCCUGGGGAGGGGGGAUAGUUGGCUAAGCUGCUGAGUUGGGGUGAGGCCGUCCAAGACGCGCCAAGGCCCGCACGGCCCCUCGGUGGGGCAGGGCCCUGGGGUGCAGAUGGUGGCGCAGGGCCCUGAGCUGAGGUUGGGCGCCUUGCCAGUGGCAGCCCUGAGGCAGGGCUAGGAAGGCCACUGGCAGAAGCAGGACACUCCAGCCCCACCGGCUUCCCCAAAGGCCUCGCACCCCCGUCCCCAGGGCAGCUUCUCCCCGGUGGCACUGCGGUGGCCCUCCCUCAAUGGCAUGGUUGGGAGUCAGGCCUGGGCAGGACCCUGCUGACUCACGGCCCUGGAGCUGGGAGCCAGGCUCCCUGCCUGCCUUGGCUUUCCGGGGGGCGGGGAGGAAGGCGGGGGAGGAGGAGCCUUGCUGGGCCAGGGGGAGGGGAUGACGCCCUGGACCAGAGAGCAUCCUUCCCUCCUUGCCCUCUCCCAGAUCUUAGCGCCUCUCCCUGCCCCCCAGGUUCUAGGCCCCUCAAAGCUGAUGGAGUCAGCCUCACCCUCUUGGGAAGCUCUUUCUGAAUAUCUGAUGGUGGGGAGGGGUCUCCGCUACCCAGAGGUUCCCAGGAGGGACCUGGGUGGGAUGGAUUCUGGAUGAGCCUCAAGGAACGAGGAAGAGGAGGGUCGAGGGCUCGUGGGGCGGCUGUGUUCACUGGGGCUCUCCAGCUGCCUAGUCCCCUCCCCCCACUCCUCCCAGCUGCACUUUAGCCCUAGAGGGGGUGCGGGGCCCCGGGGGAGGGCUGGGCAGGCGGGCAGGGAAGAACGCCCCUCAGUACCCACAGCUGCCUGCGUCUGCUCUUCUGUCCCAGGGCCGCUGCCGGCCCCACCAGCCCCCUGCCUGGGGGUGCCCCGGCCCUCACGGCUAUUCCGACAAGAGCUUCUGGAGCUUGUAACCAGUAGGAUGGACCCCGAGUUUUCUCAUGAAUAAAUUCGUUCAACACCUGUGUUCUCUUCCUCAAA